AUGGGGCACCCAGAGUUGGUGGUUGUCAGCCUGAUCUGUUGCCUAGCAGCUACUAGUGCAGCAAAGUUGGGAGCCAUCUACACAGAGGGGGGCUUCGUUGAAGGUGUCAAUAAGAAGCUGAGUCUCUUUGGUGACUCAGUGGAUAUUUUCAGGGGCAUCCCCUAUGCUGCUGCCCCCAAAACCCUGGAGAUCCCUAAGCGCCACCCUGGAUGGCAAGGAACCCUGAAAGCCAAGGAAUUCAAGAAACGAUGCCUUCAAGCCACCAUUACUCAGGACAACACCUACGGCAGUGAGGACUGCUUGUACCUCAACAUUUGGAUCCCACAGGGGAGGAAGCAAGUUUCCAGCAACCUGCCAGUCAUGAUCUGGAUCUAUGGUGGGGCCUUCCUGAUGGGGGCAGGCCAUGGUGCCAAUUUUCUGAAGAAUUACCUGUAUGAUGGGGAGGAGAUUGCCACCCGAGGAAAUGUCAUUGUGGUCACCUUCAACUAUCGUGUUGGGCCCCUGGGCUUCCUCAGCACUGGAGACUCCAAUCUGCCAGGUAACUUUGGCCUUUGGGAUCAGCACAUGGCUAUUGCAUGGGUGAAGAGAAACAUCAAAGUCUUUGGUGGGGACCCCAACAACAUCACCCUCUUUGGGGAGUCAGCUGGUGGCGCCAGUGUCUCCCUCCAGACACUAACCCCCCACAACAAGGGCCUCAUCAAGAGAGCCAUCAGCCAGAGCGGUGUGGCCACAAGUCCUUGGGUCAUCCAGAAAAAUCCCCUCUUCUGGGCCCAAAAGAUUGCCAGCAAGGUGGGAUGCCCAUUGAAUGAUACCGCCAGGAUGGCCAACUGUUUCAAGGUCACUGAUCCCCGAGCUCUGACUUUGGCCUAUAAGGUGCCUUUGAUUGGCCUGGAAUACCCUGUGCUGCAUUAUCUGGGCUUUACACCAGUCAUUGAUGGAGACUUCAUUCCUGAAGAUCCGGUCAACCUCUUUGCAAAUGCGGCUGACAUUGACUACAUUGCCGGCACCAACAACAUGGAUGGUCACAUGUUUGCCAUGGUGGAUAUGCCUGCCAUCAACAUGGCCUACAAAGACAUCAAAGAUGAAGACUUUUACAAGCUAGUCUCUGGCCUCACCCUAACGAAAGGUCAUCCUGGUGCCACUGCCGCCUUUGACUUCUACACCCAAUUCUGGAAACAAGACUCAUCCCAAAAGACCAAGAAAAAGACUGUGGUGGACUUUGAAACUGACAUCCUCUUUCUGGUGCCCACAGGGAUUGCCUUGGCCCAGCACUUUGCCAAUGCCAAGAGCGGCAGAACUUAUGGCUACAUGUUCUCCCAUCCUUCUCGAAUGCCUUUAUACCCUGACUGGGUCGGGGCGGACCAUGCUGACGACAUCCAGUAUAUCUUCGGCAAGCCCUUUGUCACCCCCUUGGGUUAUCGGGCCCAGGACCGGACUGUCUCUAAAAACAUGAUUGCCUACUGGACUAACUUUGCCAAAACUGGGGACCCCAACAUGGGCGAUUCUGCAGUCCCUACCCAGUGGGAUCCUUAUACUGCAGAGAAUGGCAGCUACCUGGAAAUCACCAAGACAAUGGAUACCAAAUCCAUGAAACAGCACCUGAGGACCAGCUUCCUGCAAUUCUGGGUCCUCACUUAUCAGGCCCUCCCCUCAGUGACCGGUGAAAACAAAGUUCCCGAGGGCGACACUCCUAUAGCUACGGCGGCAGACUCUUGAGGCGGCUGCUCCAUUUCUCAUAGUGGCUGACUUCAUGUAACCCCCAAAUUGGUCCUGUGCCCAUUCACCAGGAAGUCAAGUGCCCAUGAGGGCCAGGAUUUAGCAGUGCCUACCUGGCUUUCUGCCCCUUCCCUCUCACUGCCUUAAUAAAGUCUUGUCUCUAUCUAUCA